UUUAGUGAAAGUCGAAAAAUAAUCCAACCCGACGGACAAUUAAAUGCCUUCUAGAGUAGAAAACAGACAGUUAUUGGGAUAAAAUUUGUUUGUAUAAGUUCUUCUGAAGUAAUUUUAAAGGUUCCCCAAAAUACAACGUCAGCAAAACGAAACAUGAAACUCGGUCAUUGACAGACAUGACCAAUUGACAGAUUAAUUUGUCGUCGAUCGGUCAUUACCUGCUGAUUCCAUCAAACACAAACAUGUUGUAUUUCAUUAGAAAGUGUCUCGAUUUUGCAUUGAAAAUGCUUGGGUUCCCAGCCCAGCACAGAUUUAUGUGCUUCAGACCCCACAUCUUGCCCGUAAUUCUUGGACUUUGCCUUGGCAUAACGAUACAUAUGAUGUUCGCACCUUUUCUAGAGGAAAACUGUGACAUGGGUGGAUAUAAUGAUAAAGGCGUCGUCAACUCUAAGCAGUCAGUAGUUAACAACAAACUGGAAAAGGCAGCGGAAAAUGAAAAUGAUGAUUUUGAAGCAAGAAUAAUAAAACCAUUGGCAAACAUUAGCACCAAUAUUGACAGAAGCGCAUCGAGACCAAAGGUUGCAAGACCAAGAUAUAUUUCAACAGAACUUGGAAUAAGAGACAAAUUAUUUGUUGCUGUGCUGUCAAAUGCCAAUUCAAUUGACAAAUUAGGAGUAGCGGUUGAUAAGACUGUAACCAGCCAUGUUACUAAAACAAUAUUUUUCACAAGUGAAAAGCCGAAGUUAAUUCCGAACGGUAUGCCAAUGGUAGCUUUUGAUGACAGGCAAGCUGAAAUGCUUCCUGUUAAUGUAUUACGCUACAUCAAGCAACAUUAUGCAGAGAGCUAUGAUUUUUACUUGUUCAUGACAGAUAGGACAUAUCUGAGAGCAGAAAAGUUUAUGAAACUUGUUGAACACGUCAGUGUAAAGGAAGAUGUGUACAUGGGUGUACCUGGCAUGGACAGAACCAUCUGCCCAUUGGAAGGUGGUGUUUUGAUUUCACAGUCUGUGAUGUCCGCAGUUUUGGGCCAGCUGGACUGGUGCACGACCCACAUCCACCCUGACAACCCGAGCGUGACCCUGGGGCGAUGUAUACAUCAGACCUCACAGAGACUGUGUGCACAGAAGGCUGGGGAGCAGACAUUGCAGUAUUUCCAUCUUGAGGACUUUGAUUCCGAUACAGAUCUGGAUCGCCUAAAGCUUGAUUCCGAGUUUAACAUGUCCCUCGUGUUCUAUCCAAUGCCAGACGACAUCUCUCACUACAAACUUCACAGGUACUUCUGUUACGUGGACUUGAAUGAAACGCGUGCUGAGAUCGAAGCAUUAGAGCGUGACAUCGUAGAUCUCAGUGAAAAUUCCCCGGGAGGAAAGGACAGCCUGUCCUGGCCACUUGGUGUCAAUCAGCCUUACAAGCCAGUGAACCGCUACUCUGUCAUACAGUGGACAUACUUCACAGAGACCCACCUUUACCUCAAUAACGAGCUCUCCAAUAUCCAGGAAAUAUCAGGUGUUGACAGACAGGACAUAGCAGACACCAAGAACAUGGCAAAACUCCAUCUUGACAAGAAAUAUCACUCCCGAUUCCACAUCAAACACAUUUUGAAUGGUUACCGGAGGUUUGACCCAACAAGAGGCAUGGAGUAUGUCCUUGACCUACUUCUAGCUGACCGGCAACACCAAAACACGGAGACGGUCAAGCGGGUUCACCUAGUACGACCUUUCGGCAAGGUCGAGCUUGUUCCUAUGCCCUAUGUCACAGAAAGCAUGAUGGUUAAUAUUAUAUUACCACUGAAUGUUAACGAUGUAGACUUGUUUGAUGAUUUUAUCGCAUCUUAUGCUCGGGCGUGUCUGCAGAAUCCAGAAGAUGUACGACUAAUUGUGGCUUUCCUGUACCCUUCUAUGGGGCCUGGCGAGGUUAGGUCCAGGGACCAGUUUGCUAGGGCGAAAGCUUUGAUCAGUGACCACAAUACAAGAUAUGACACCAAAGGAAAAUUAAGUUGGAAGGCAUUGCAGAAUGUUGUGUCAGAUAUUAACAUUGUCGAUGAACUCAUCGGUGAAUUCCAGACCGAAGUACUUAUUCUGUUGACAACAGUGAACAUGGAGAUAUCCGUAGACUUGACCAGUACAUUUUUCAACAGAGUGCGUAUGAAUACCAUUAAGGGCAAGCAAGUAUUCUUUCCAAUGGGAUUCUGGCAGUAUAAGCCUAACCUAAUAUACAACAAGAAGCCUUACCCAUCGUCUGUAGAGGUUGGUCAAAGGCUUGGAAUAUUCAGCACAAAGUCAGUCGAUCAUGCCGGCUUUUACAUCUCCGAUUACAAAAACGCCAGGAAGACAAUCACACACGACACAGCGAGGUCAGGUGACAUUUUUUCCAUGUUUGUUUCCUACAAGAAUUUACAUGUGUUUAGAGCAGUAGAGCCAAAUCUUAAACUAAAGUGGAUGAAUUUGAUGUGCGAUCCGCGCGUAGACACAGAGAAAUACCAGCAAUGUGUAACCAGUAAUACAGAAGGCCUCGCCAGCCAACACCAUCUCGCUUUACUGAUAUACGAGCAGAGACAUGAAGUGAUUUCCCAGUCAGGGAAACCUUCCCGCUCUGGGGAUAGUUACCCUCGGGUAAGAGCUGCCCCGGUCCCUAUAGUUCAGCAGGAAAUGGAAGAUGGGCCCCACCCAGGGGAAUUAAGGGUCCACCAGGCUAACCUUGGUCCUGCCCAUGACACUGACCCCAUAGCAGAGGGCAUGAUCGUCAUGGGGAAUAAAAAUAGGGCCUAACUAGUCGAUUAGUGAACAAUGUAGUAGAGGUUUGCGAUUUUAAUGUUUUGUGAGAGAAAUUGUCAGAUGUAUUCAAUUGUUUUGAAGAUGUCAUUUAAAUUCAUAUAUUAUACAUGUACAUAUGCAAUUUAGUAUAUUUUAGGAUAAAUUAAUAUUUUUCGUGUGUUCAUGCAGUAUGAACGCUCCAAAGUAAUUUUGAAAAUCCAUCAAGCACGUAACUCCGGUCAAAUAAAAUCGCGUAUUUCCAUUGUCCAAUUAAGAGUGCUUGAAUUAAAUGAACACCGAUGUCAUAAUACCUAGCAGUUCAUGCGAAAUAAAUAUUAAUUUUUCUUUACAUUAAAGACCAGGGCAGUGUAAAUAUUUAUUUUUGUGAUUUUCUUUUUUGAAUGAUAGCUUUUACAAAUUCUUGACAUUUUUCUAUAUUUUUGCUUUAAUAAGCAUUUCUGUUCACUUUGUGGACUAGUUAAGAAUGAAUACUUUUGUUGCAUAUUUCAGCAUCACACACCUUGUUAUAGAUCUGAGCUUGAGGCUGCCAGAUUGUAUUCACUUGAACAAUCAAAAUCAUAUUUAUGUGCCAAAUAAGUGUGGUGUUGUUUUAGGUUGAAAUAGUAUUUCACAUGUACAGUACGUGUAUGAUCUGAUGUUUGUUGCUGUAACAGAUAUUCAUGUUUUACCUUUAAAUCGUGGGCAUUGAAUGCUUUAUAUUUGACCUGUUUGCAUGAUAGACUUUGGUAGUAAUUAUUCUGUACUACAAUAGCAAACUGUAGAUAAUAUAAUUUAAUAUGCUUGGAUCUACAUGUAUAUAGAUAAGACGCAGGGAUAAAAAUGGUGAAUUAAAUCAGUUAAAAUCUUAUUUUAUUUUCAAUUUUUUUUAAUAUCUAUUGAAAUCAGCCUAAAUUGGACUUGGAAAAUAGUGUCAAAAUGUUAUGUAGAUAUAUAAACUACUUGGGCAGUUAUUUUAUCCUAUUCUGCGUAAAAUAACCACAUACUAUCUUAAGUAAAAUUUGAUAAACAUCUGUAUAGAAACCUUGUUUUGUAUAGAACAAUUUGUUAAAUGUGUGAAAAGUUAUAUAUAACGGGGCAUUAUUGAGGUUUAAGAUCUGACGCCAAUUGUCUAAGUUAUUGACAGAUUAUCGUACAGCCUGUUUGCACAUUAAAUAGUUUGAUUUGAUGAACAUUUUGGCUUACUGAAGUUACUCUAACCAAACCAUAGACAUAAUCAGUAUUAUACGACUGUCUGAUGUUGUUCAGGUGAUUAGUUUUCCUUUUUUUGUCAAGUUAAUGUUUUUGCUUACAUGCGCACAAAAGUAACUGUGCAAGCAAAGAAAUUGGUCUAUUAUGUUCAAACGAUGUUUAUAAUUACAUAAAUUUUUAUAGGGCUGUAACAAUACGCCAUGUUGUAUUUUUUGUUGUUUUAAUUUCGUCUAGCUCGCAUGUUAUAAAAGAUGACAGGUUAUAAAUCACCUUGAGUCCGUUUCUUUUUAAGAAACCAGUACUGGUGUCACUUUUGAGAAGCCAUGGGAAUAGUCCCCUGGUGGGAAUCGAAACCACAAUAUCCUUACCAGUAUUGUAAAUUUGAUGUGUAGAGCCAAUAUUAUUUGAUAGUCCCAUAGUCCUCAAUUGCAGACAAAUGAUUUUUUUGUCAUUCAUCAUGAGAAAGAUGUUUUUUUAAAGAGAAAAUUGUUUUGCAUCAAACCUUCAUAAACAUGUUACAAGUAAUGCACUGAUUGUGUGUGAUCACACCUGUUCCUACUUUGCUAAUUUCUAUUAAUCAUGUGUAUGUAAUAAUAAGUUGUUUUUUUACAUAUCCCCCCCCCCACUAUUUUAUUGAUUUAUAUUGUUAUAUAUGACAAAGAUUGUAUUGUACUUCAAUAACGGUAUUAUUGUUUAUUGUUGCAUUUACAUGUUGUUAACUAAAGUCUUCAACAACACAACAUUUUAACUAUGCUAAAGAUGGAUUUCAUCUGACAGUUUUAAAAUCCAGAAUUAAUGGAUCUUUAAAAAUUGCUUCUUUUCGAAUUACGUUAGAAGCAGUCUGUUUUUUUAUGUGCAAUCACUGGUAAGGCCACAAUGAGUAAUCAUCUUGUUUUGCAUUUCCUGCCCGACUCACAGAAAUAUCUUUGAUCAUGAAGCUUCAGUGGUUAUAAAUAUAUAUAUAUAUAUAUAAAUCUGCUUUUAUCACAUAAUUAAGGGGUAAGUACAUACCCCCCCCCCCCCCCCCCACUAACAUACCAACCCACACUUACAUAUGGUAGUGAAAAGUCAAACAAACUGUACUUUGUGGCCUUAUAAGAAUAACUUACCAUGGUACAUUAAUUUUACAUUGUAUGAAUAUAUCAACUGUUCAUGUUUGUCUUCGUAUAUAACUAAAUCAAAAUGAGUUACCUGUUGAUAUAACUUGAUGGUGCUUCAAUGUAUCCAGUCUCUCUGUAGUCAGGUACAGUAGUCUGCUAGUUUUGAUAUGAUCAUAAUAGUAUUACAACUUUUACAUGCGUUUCUUCUAUACUUUGAAGUUAUAAUACCCAUGAUGUUAUUUGCUUUCAUUGUUCAAAAUUGAUUUAGUUUUUGUUCUUUUUGUUCUUGCACUGUUUUAGUUGCCCCUUUGCCCCCCCCCUUAAUAUUGGAACUGCCAGUAUGUAUAAAUGUUAUACCCUUUUGCCCCCCCCCCUUAAUAUUGGAACUGCCAGUAUGUAUAAAAGUUAUACCCCUUUGCCCCCCCCCCCCUUAAUAUUGGAACUGCCAGUAUGUAUAAAAGUUAUACCCUUUUGCCCCCCCCCCCUUAAUAUUGGAACUGCCAGUAUGUAUAAAAGUUAUACCCCUUUGCCCCCCCCCUUAAUAUUGGAACUGCCAGUAUGUAUAAAAGUU